AACUCGCGAGAGGCGAAUUUAUUUCAGAUUUCUUGAAGUAAAUUUUUAGAAUUAUUUGGUUGGAUCAUUUCUAAUUUAAUUGAAAAUAACUAUUGACAGAAGUUGGUAUCAUUACACAAUUAAAUGCAGUGUUAAUGCUACUUUUAUUGCUGUAUUUACCAACAAAAUUCAGUCUGCAAAAUGACUUGCAAUGAUGAAUUUGUAAAUUUAAUGGAUUUGCUAGAUUUAGACGAAGAAGUGGUUGAUAUCAGAUUGAAAACUAUUAUGGGACGAAAUAGUCACACAAAUGAGCAUCUUAAAAAUGCGAUACGUAUGCUACAAUACAAGAAUUUAAUAACCAUUCAAGUUGGUGAUGACUGUGAAAACGACGAAGAAUUCAGCUUUAUUGCUAAACUUGUAAGAGACGUACACGACGAAAAUGUCGACAAUAUUUGUAAAAUAGUAAAUAUUGUUCUUGGACUUAAUAAAAUUUCGAUAGUGAGCAAAUCUGAGCAUUUGUUACAACAAAUAUUAGCCAACAUUGAAUUACCUGCACUGAAUCAGAAGGGAGCUUCAGAUGGGGACACAGAUGAUGAGGGCAGCUUAAAGAAGUUCCAUAAUUUGAAACUGUGUGAUAGUAUUUUAGAUGCAGUCAUCAGCACCCAUGAAAAACUAUCUCUGCCUUUUCUGGACACCCCAUUAGAAAAUAUACUGUCUAGCUCUGAUGAUAAACUGAAAAUAUACUUUUUAAAUAAUACAGUUCCUAGACUUUUUGAAGGUAUUAUCGGCUAUAACAUUCUGGAUAGAAUAUGGACUUACAUAAAACAGUUAGAAGGUGAAAACAAAGAAGAAGCAUUGAAGAUUCUAAGCUGCUUAUCAAAGUUUUAUUUGCCAGUGGCAGAUGAUAUAAAGAAUAUGAAGUUUGAAUCAGAAAUGGUAUUUUAUUAUGAGUUCUGGAGCAUACUGCUUUAUGGUUUGACGUCCAGUGAUCCUUCAGUGAGGAAGAUCUCCAUUUAUCUUAUAAAAAGAGCUUUAGACUGCUUAAUGGUGUUAAAAAGAGAUUUAAGAGUUGCAUCUGAAAAUAAAGCCUUAUUCAGCUGGCAGCAUAAAGAAGGGAAGAAAUUAAAAGAAAAUUGGGACAACUUUUUCAUUCUCAUUGACAGCUUAGAAGAGAAGCAAAGCAACAUAGUACUUCCGUCAUUGAAGCUUUUUGAAAAGCUCAACGGUAUUGAAAGCUGUUGGUUGAAUUGUGCUUUUAAUAUUGGCCUGAAACAUGACAAUACACAAGUCCGAUUAAAAUGUGUAGAACAUAGACUUAAUACAAAACUAGAAAGUCUAUCAGAUACUGUUAUAUUACUGGAGGCACUAAAUGAUGUACACCUCUAUGACCUACCAAAAGAUAGUAAACACCUGAAGAUGAAGAUUGCAGAAGCCAUUAAAGACAAAGAUAUGUUUUUAUUUAUUCUCAAAGCUAUGCCUAUGGUCAAAUGGGGUCCAGUACCUUUUUACCACAUAAGUGAAGUAUUAGCAAAGGAGAAUACGGAUUUAUCAUCCAUUGAUCCUACAUGUCUUUCACAAUUAGUUACACAUAUACUGAAAGUCCCCUGUAACAAUAUACCAAUAAGAAAUGCAGUAAAAAUUAAUGUUACAUACUUUGUUGGGCAAUGCUGUAAAGACCUCAAUUGGAAGGAUCUGAUGAACAUACACUCACUAGUCAAAUGGCAUAAAUAUUCAACUGAAAGCAAAGAUAGAAAUCCUUUCAUUGCUCUGAUCAAACAUCUAGAAAUUAAUAAGAAUGAAAAAGAAGAUUUUUUCAAAUUCAUAAGUGACUCUCAUACAAAUAUAGAUUUUGGAUUAUUAUAUCUCAAGAACCACAAAGAAGAUAUACACAUAUUUAUGGAUGUAGUAAAUAAAAUUAUUACAGAUAUACAAGAAAUUGUUAACAGGCAAUAUUCUAAUAAGAUGGAAUGCUUUAAACAUGUAGUUUUUACAACACAAUUGUUUAGUAAAACUAUCAAUAAUAAUUUUGAAGAUAUAGCAUUGAAACUUUUAACAGAGUGUAAAACUAUUACACAAUACAUGCUAAGUCUACUAUCUUGUGACAUAAAUUUAACUAUAGAUGAAAUGAAUUUGAUAUUUAAUGGCCUGAAUGAUAUGAUAAGCAACACAAAUAUUAAAGAUGUAGAGCUUCUGCUUCAAAUGUACAAAGCUUCAGUCCUUCUUCUAAAGGAUAAAGAGACAAAUUUAAACAAGAAAAUAGUGUCUAUUUAUGUUAUUGACACUUUAAGCGAUAAAUUAAACGCAAGUUAUAAGCAUGAAAUGCUUACUAUGAAACAAAUUUUGGAAUUGAUUAAGAAUAUCAAGUUUAAUGAAAGUCAGAAUGUGGAUGAUUUAGGUCGGUUACGAAACGCCUUUUAUGAAAAGUCUUGUGAGAUUGUUUUCAACUAUCUCCAAACAACAGACAUAGAACAAAGUAAUGUUAUAAUAAAGAACAAUUUAAAAGAAAUAGUAGAUUGUGUUGAAAACAUGAUUGAGUGUGGGGGCUAUGGCUGUUUGAAAUGGAUAUUAAAGGUCACAAAUAAGAUCUUACCAGAAAUAUUGAACAAUGAACAAAUUAAGUUUAACAUAAACCAGUUUAUAGGAAGAAUGUGGAAAGAAAUUGAAGAACUGAAGUCAAAUAAUCAGUAUUCACCAUGCAUAGAACAGUUUGUAAAACUAAUUACCCAAGAUAUCCUUUUGAAAAAGGCAAUGUACAACAAUAUAAUCAUACUAUAUUGCACGAAAAUAGUAGAGUAUGGACCUUUGAAAGCCUCGCCACUAUUCUAUCUAGUUGACGAAUUUAACAAGAAGGAAAUAAAUGAAGAGUAUGGACAAAUUAUUUAUAUUCUAUGUGACAUUUUGCUGUUUGCUCCUGUACCAAAGAAGGAUCAGAGAAUUGCCGACAAUGUUGCAGUUGAAAUAUUGCAGGAUCCAAAAUUUGCCCUGGCGAACAAAGACAUCGAUCACUUCACCUUCACUAUCCAAUACUCAGCCAUCUUGAGUUUAAGCAAGAUCAAAGAUGCCAAAAUAUUCGAAACUAUCGCCUCACUUAUCAUUAGCAAAAUUGAAAACCACUUUAAAACAAAACAAAGAUACCAUGGGAACUCUUUAUCACACAGGUUGAUUCUCAUGGGUAUGCAGCAUUUGUUAUUUUUAUCUUUGUUAAAUUUGGAGGUGUUGAAGUCUAAGAUGAUUAUGUGGUGGGUUGUUGAACUGCUGGGAAGGUUGCCGCAUCAGCCAAGCGUGAGGAUCUGCUUGGAGUGGUACAUCGCUCUGCAUUUUUAUGUGACGGGCACCAAUCUAGACGCAAAAGUUUUAGAAUUAAUGAGGUCAAAGAAAAUUCCAAUAGCAUCUCAAUUCAUGAUCCUCUACAGCACACUGCAACAUAAAAUAUCUAACAAAACUCAUACUAAAGAAGAAUUCGAAUUCGUAAUGGACACUUUGCUUUCACACACAAUGGGACAGAUGUUCAAUAUUAGAUUACAUGCACAGUAUUUGGCAACAAAACUGUAUGAUAACGUUGAGAAAGCAGAUAAAUAUGCCUACAUAAUUGAAGUCAUUGAGAAGACGUUCUUAGAGAGUGCUAAGGACAAAAAUUUCGUCAAACUACAAGAGGAUUUCUUCGUUCAAGAUUUUAAUAUCAUUGCUUACUUAACUCCAAGUUUCAUAUAUUAUUUCUUGCCAAGAUAUUGUGAUAUUGGAUGUAAUGAAAAAGUAGACGAGAAGUAUAUUAGAAAUAUUACAGCAAAUGUAAAUGAAAUAUUAAAUACUACAAACUAUAAUAAUAGUUUAAAAAAAGAAUGGACAGUACUUCGCAAGUCUGAUGAGGAAGUAUUUCACUUGGACUUAUGUAGAUAUGCUGACAGCAUUAAAGGUACAGAAAAUGCAGAAAUAGCGGGGACGAUACAGAAAAAGUAUAUUCCUUGGAAAAAUAUGAGUGAUAUCGACGUUUACGACAGUGGGAAAAAGAAGCAGUCUUUAAGUGACUUGAUAGUGGUGGCGUCUUUGAUCGACAAGCUGCCCAACUUAGGCGGGAUGGCGAGAACCAGUGAGGUGUUUGGGGUGAAGACUUAUGUCGUCGACAGCUUGAGACAUUUGCAGGAUAAACAGUUUCAAGGCCUCAGUGUGUCAGCAGAGCGUUGGGUGAACAUAGAAGAGGUGCGGCCGGGCCAACCUCUAAAGGAUUACCUGAUGAGGAAGAAGACUGAAGGUUACUCCGUAGUGGCUGCAGAACAGACCUCCACUAGUUGUCAAUUGCAACAAUUCAAGUUUCCUAAGAAAACUCUCUUAUUACUGGGACACGAAAAAGAAGGCAUUCCGUGCGACUUGCUACCGUUGAUGGAUCACUGUGUAGAGAUACCACAGCAAGGCUUCGUUCGGUCAUUGAACGUUCACGUGACUGCCGCCAUAUUUGUCUGGGAGUACUCUAGACAGAACAUUUUGUAA